AUGGUUCAGGAGACACAGGCCGUCCAAGUGACCAAGCCGAAGUUGAGCCAGCUGAGCGACGCGCCUGACUUCCACGACCCUUGGGUGAUGCGGCUCAGAUGCGGACCGAUUCGAGUGAGCAAGCUGGUGGGGAGGGACUUCCAAGAGCUGGGCGAGCUCGGGAUGCUGAGCGCGCCGUGCCCUCUCGAACCGCCUCCGUGCGGUGGGAAGUGGGUGGAACUCUGGCAGGACGCGGUAGUGCAUGCCUCGACUUGGAGUCAGGCCGUGCGCACCAGAAUCUACUCUUGCAAGUGCCCAAGGAAGCACACCAUCCACUUCGACGGAGAGCACUUGGGGCUGUACGUUUGGAGCCGCCAGACGAUUGUUGUACAGGAGAGCCUACAACUGUUGCUGAAGCAGAUGCAGCGGGGGCAGUCGGGAUUCGGGGCACUGCUGGAGGGACAGCAGGAGGCCUUCCGGAGGGCUCCAGAGUCCGCCGUGCUAUCCGAGGAGACGUGGCGGAAGGCCAGCCUUGAUUUCUUCCGGCUGGUGGGGCGGCAGAUCCUGGAGUGCUGCAGCAUAUGCGGUCCGCACCCGGAGGUGAGCAUCUUGAUUGAAGAAGAGCUUAAGUCCUUAGAAGAACUUAGCGAUGGGAUCGUGGGAAUUUCCAACUCCGACGGAGGAAAGCGCCCUGGAGGGCUGGGAUCGACCUCGCACGACUUCCGCAGGCCGUUCACGCAUCCGGGGCGGUCCGUGGACGGUGCCGCGCUCGAGAAGCAAUCGGUUGCGGGGCGCGACUAUUGCGCAGCAGGGCUAGAGGGUGGAGGCAUGAAACGGCGCUUGGUAUUGCAACCGGAGCUGCGGGAGUUGAUUGCGCGCGUCUCCAGGCAUCGAUCCGAGAGCGAGAAGCUCGGCCAGCCACUGAGCGAGGCCGAGUACAUGGGUCUGAAGGGGGCCCUCGGCAGGGAAAAUGUGCUGCUCGUGACAAAGUUCGUUCCGGGGGAUGGAGAGGGUCCAGUGCCCGCGGACACUCGGCGUCGGCUGUUGGUCGAGCAGCGCCAGAUGGUCCGGGACAAGAACCGGACGAUGCUGCGACUGUUGGAGGGAAUCGAGCUCGAGCAAGCGGCAAGAGGUGGGAGCCCGCGUCUAUGGGAGCACUGGCCGUGUGAGUGGGGUGAAUUGCUAUAUGACCUUGGGGCGCACGAUUCGGAUGACGGCAUCAUUGGCCACUCCGACGGGCUGGCUGUGGUUCGGGAGCUGCUCUUGGGGAGGGACGCGAGCGUCGAGGACCGCCGCCAACUCGGAGAGCACUCUCCCAUCUUGCGCCGCGUGUUGGACGCCCAGGGCGGGCACCGCUUUCCCGUCUUCCUUUUGCCCGCCCUGCACCACCUCUACGAGCUCACGUUGCUGGCACGCGGCAACACCGGUUACGGCGAUGGACUGCUAGAGAGCUGGGUCGUCGCCGCUCUGCGGCCGCUGGGGCGCGCGGUCGAGCUGCAGCACCUCAGUCGGGAGCGGGGCCCGCUCACGGAGGCGGAGGCCGCGUCGCUGGCAGAGGCUCGGACGAGCGCGCGAGACCUGCUCCGGGGCGUGGAGGGCUCGCAGCCUAACGUACUGCAGUGGGAGGCCAUGGGCGAGCUAGAGAGGGGGGUGCUGCGCGGCCGGCUGGGGCGGGACGAGGAGGGCGACCGGAUGCAUCCGCUCCCUCCUGGGCACACCCUCAGAGCCGAGCAGGAUGUGUUGGGGCACUACGCGCUGCCGGGGUGGGAACAGCGACGGGGCUUGCCGCGAUACGCAUCCUUCGAGCAUGAGGACGGACGCAGCAGGACGUCAGAGGAGUUCAAGUGCGCUACCGGGCAGACGGUGGGCGACUGGGACGCCGCGAACGUCCCGGGGCUGGUCAAGGGGGGGAGCAAGUCGACGAAGAAGGGCAAGCGCCCCCACCGCAGCCGGGGCGCCUUCGUCUUUUGCUGUCCGCACCGGGUCAUCUCGGGCUUCCACUUCUUCCUCCGAGGGGAGAGCCCCCGCGAUGCGUUCGCGGUUUUGUACACGCGCAAGGACCGGGAGGAUCUCCCCAAAUUCGUUGUUUAUGACAAUGCAUGCCAGCUGAGGAAUUAUUGCAUGCGAAGGGAGCCGGCGUUCUUCUCCGCCGUCACCUUCGUCGUUGACAGGUUCCAUUAUGCGAAAGCCGGGGCAGAGGUGCACAAAUGUGGUCCCAGCAACGCGACGGAGUACUACGACGCUCUUCGAUGGGUCAACACCUCGGCUGUGGAGUCCGUGAACAGCUUUCUGAAGAAGUUCCGGAUCCUCGGCUGGUACUCCGGACUCCAGAGUCUAAUGGUCUUCCUCCCAAUCCUGUUGAGCGGCUUCAACGUCGACCUGAGCAGGGUAGACGACGCAAAGCUGUCCAUAGCUGUGCCGGCAAGGCUGUGGAGUGAGGCCUUUAGGGCAGUGCUCUUAGGGAGGUAG